GACGCUCUCUGUGUGACUGUGUGCGUCCGCCGUGUUAAAUGAAAGUAAGCGGUGGGUGAGGGCGUGGAGCAGCAGGUCAGCAGACGGAGCAGUUUUUUUUUUUCUCCCCCCCUCCCGGGGACUUGGGGUUCCGGUCUCGGUCAGUGCGUCCGUCUUCCAAACACAGAGAGAGACACGCAGCGCACCGCCGAAAGCGGGCCGGACGAAGGAACAGUGAGUGAGUGACCCGCCCGCCCGCCGCCAGCUCGCGCGCGCCGCGUUCCACUUCGGCCACGUGUACAGGAAGCCCUGCGCUCCGGCUCCCGCCGCAGCCUUUCCUUCCAGUCCGCGCGGGACCCAGGUGAGGUUUGGACGCCACAACCUGCUGUUGCCAUCCCGCUGCGGAAGCCAUGCUACGCGGUGGGGCACUGAGGCGCCGCUCAGGGAGGGGGUUCCUGGCCUCGCUGGCGCUGCUGGCGCUGCUGGCUGUGACGCCCUCUCGGGCGCGUCCCGCCAACGUGUCCUCCCUCAAAGACAAGAGUCCCAGCAGCAAGGAGGACAACGAGAUCCUGCCGCCCGACCACCUUAACGGCGUCAAGAUGGAGAUGGACGGACACCUGAACAAAGACUUCCACCAGGAGGUCUUCUUGGGCAAGGAGAUGGAGGAGUUUGAGGAGGAUUCUGAGCCGCGCAGGAACAGGAAGAAGCUCAUCGAGAUCUUCAGCAAGGUGGACAUCAACAAGGACCGGAGCAUCAGCGCCAAGGAGAUGCAGCGUUGGAUUAUGGAGAAGACGGAGGAGCACUUCCAGGAGGCCGUGCGGGAGAACAAGCUGAGCUUCCGUGCGGUGGACCCCGAUGGAGAUGGACAUGUGACGUGGGAUGAGUACAGAGUGAAGUUUUUGGCAAGCAAGGGCUUCAACGAGAAGGAGGUGGCCGAAAAGAUCAAGAAGAACGAGGAGCUGAAGGUGGACGAGGAGACCCAGGAGGUUCUGGAGAGUUUGAAGGACCGCUGGUUCCAAGCAGACAACCCCCCAGCGGACCAGCUGCUAAACGAGCAGGAGUUCCUCUCGUUCCUGCACCCAGAGCACAGCCGGGGAAUGCUCAAGUACAUGGUCAAAGAGAUCGUCCGGGACCUGGACCAAGAUGGCGAUAAGAAGCUCACCCUGUCCGAGUUCAUCUCCUUGCCCAUGGGCACAGUGGAGAACCAGCAUGGCCAGGAGAUCGACGACGACUGGGUGAAGGAGCGGAAGAAGGAGUUCCAGGAGGUCAUUGACGCCAACAAGGACGGUAUUGUCACUAUGGAGGAGCUGGAGGAGUACAUGGACCCCAUGAAUGAGUACAACGCCCUGAACGAAGCCAAGCAGAUGAUUGCUGUUGCAGAUGAGAACCAGAACCACAAUCUGGAGCUGGAGGAGAUCCUCAAGUACAGCGAGUACUUUACCGGCAGCAAGCUCAUGGACUACGCUCGCAACGUGCAUGAGGAGUUCUAACAGCCCGUUUAUUAACUCCCCCCGCCCCAUGAAUUCCAUAUUUGUGUCCAGCUGCUGGAUGGGGUUCUGUUCUAUGCGCCCUGGGUGCUCAGGUCAGUUUGACUGAGGGGCCGCAGCUCAAGACGUCACCCUUCACAUUGAGCCCAUUCGGUCGCCCAUCCCCUGCCCACGAUUUCUUCAUUGUACCUUCUGAUCAGCUGCCUUUUCGCUGUUGGACGUGCAUGUGCAGCUCUCCGUAGCUUUCGGUGUGUUCUGGACACUGCGCCACCUUUGUAAUUUAUUUCCUCUUGUCAUAUGUGUGUAUGUAUAUAUAUAUAUUUGUAUGUAUACAUGCAUAUGUAUUCUAUACUGUGUGUAUGUAUUUGUUGGCAAGCAAAAUUCAGAAUUAUAUUGCCUUGAGCUGCAGCUGUAGUGUUUUAUCCUUUUUUUUUUUUUUUUUUUUUUUGCAGUGGUGCAGUAUUUGAAAAUACACACAACAGUAUGAUUAAUACAGUAAAUAGGUAUGAGCUGCUCAUUCCAAAAUCAGCAUCUCUUAUUCUGGGCUAGCAUGGUUUACUAAAAUUAUUUUCAGAGCUGGAUUUAUUCAGAUGUUAGUUUUGCGUAGUAGUCUACCAGAAAGCAUUCAGCUGAUAUUUCUAAAUACUUCAGUUCUGUAAUUUGCUUUUAUUCCUCUAUCGCCUUCUUGGAAUGAAUUAUGAAUGCUAGGAACGAUAACCACAUAACUAACGGCACUGUGUAGAUUAUAAUACAUAUUACAGUCUUCAAUAUCCCUCUUCUUGAGCAAAUGUUUUAAAAUGAUGCUUAAUGAAAUUAAGCCACAAUUAAUGCAGCAGGGGUUGAAAAUAUUUGGGAGAUCUGUAGCAAAUCACUGUUCUGCUCUGCGGUGUUCCUAUUGUGGAACUGGAGCGAUUUGUUUUUUUUUUUUUUUUU